AUGAAGUUUCUUUUCCUCUUUCUUGUCAUCCUUCUGGCCACGGAACCCAUGGUCUCAGCGGAGUGUUGGAUGGAUGGAAAAUGCCGGUUGGUGUGCAAAAAUGAUGAAGACAGUGUCGUACGCUGCGCAAAUCGUAAACGGUGCUGUGUCCCUAGUCGUUACCUAACAGUCAAGCCAAUGACUGUUGAAAAAGUGGAGCCCUGGACCGUUCCUCACACACGCAACCAGUAA